AUGAGCAAAAAAGGAUUAUCUUUAUCCAAUCAUCUGCGUCGGUCUAAUUCGUAUCUAUCGAGCAUUGCCGAAGGAACGCAGUCGGUUGGCUCAUCCUGUCCAUCAACCGUGGCUACAAUUGGCAGUCAUUUCUCCAACGGCGGUGUUAACACAAGAUGUCAGUCUCUGAACGGAAGCUCUCCCCGGUCAACACUCGCCGAUGCGACGCACAAAUCGACAGAAGAGUUGAUAUCCACGCUUAAAAAAGAAGAGGAGGAAAAUAUCUCGAAAAGAACACGAGCCUCGUGGGAUAACAAAUUUCAGUAUAUCUUAGCAGUCAUUGGCUAUGCUGUCGGCUUGGGAGCUUUCCUUAUUCCUUACACACUGAUGCUAGCUUUAGAGGGCAUCCCGAUUUUUUUCCUUGAAUUGGCAAUCGGACAACGCAUGCGCAAAGGUGCCAUUGGAGCAUGGAAUCAAAUUUCUCCCUAUUUGGGCGGCAUUGGUCUCUGCUGUGCCAUGAUUUCCUUCAUCGUCGGACUUUAUUACAACACAAUAAUCGCUUGGUGUCUCUAUUAUUUAGUCCUCAGUUUUCGAAGUACUCUUCCUUGGAGGGCCUGUCCAACCACACAGAUUGGAAAAUACAAAAAUGAGACGCGUAUCAUCGAAGAAUGCAGGACCAAUUCUAACUCCCUCUCCUUUUAUCUUUUCCGUUCUCUUUAUUUCCUUCUUUCCUCCCUUUGCCUUUCAAAUUUCCUGUGA